GUGAAAGGUCAUAGGUCAUAAUAUAAAGGUUAAAAUGGCUGCUUUUAGCGUGAAAUUUCUGUCAACUGUUUCGGCGUUUUCUAAGAAUCUGUUAAAUCGCCAGACAUUGUCAUCAUGUCGGGCUUUUAUCAGUCACACCCAAGAACAAGCACCAGAAGAUGAAUUCCAUGUAAAUUAUUUGGAUGGCGAUAGAAAGGGUAUUGUUGUUCUAUCUAUGAGAAGAUUUAAAGCUAGAAAUGCUAUGGGCAGAAAUAUCAUACAAAGGUUUAUAGAUGGUUGUCAACAGAUUAAACAUGAUAAUACUAUCAGUGUGGUUAUUUUAAGAAGUGAAGUACCAAAUGUCUUCUGUGCAGGAGCUGAUUUAAAAGAGAGAGCUGAGAUGAAUAAUAAAGAAGUAGGAGAAUUUGUCCAGAAAUUACGAGGCAGUGUAACAGAAUUAGCUAAUCUACCAAUGCCAACUAUAGCAGCUAUUGAUGGAUUUGCUUUAGGUGGAGGUUUAGAGAUAUCUCUAGGAUGUGAUAUGAGAGUUGCAGCAAGUAAUGCUAAGAUUGGUUUAGUAGAAACAAGUUUAGGUUUGAUACCCGGUGCUGGUGGAACUCAGAGAUUAUGUCGAGUGGUAGGGCCUUCGUUAGCAAAAGAAUUAAUCUUCACAAGUCGUAGAUUAGAUGGGUUCGAGGCAAGAGAUUUGGGUGUUGUGAAUCAUGCUGUACAGCAGAAUGACGCAGGCGAUGCCGCUUAUCAGAGAUCAUUAGAAUUAGCUGAAGAAAUUUUACCAAAUGCACCAAUAGCUUUAAGAAUGGGCAAGUUGGCUGUAAAUAGAGGAAUAGAGGUUGAUCUUGAUUCUGGGUUAAAAUAUGAAGAAGCUUAUUAUGCACAGAUUAUUCCGACUAAAGACCGAUUAGAAGGCCUUCAAGCAUUUAAAGAGAAAAGAAAACCAAAAUAUCAGGGACAUUAAAAGAAUCGACUGUACUUAUUACACAUGAGAUUCAAGAUUCUUUAUCAGCGGUAAAUCCUAAAUGUUUCAAAAUUAUUUUCAUUGCUCAGAUGUAUUCUAUGUACUUAAGAUGCAAUGAAAAUGCACCACUUUUAUAUCUGGAUGUUUAUAAAUCUUGUCUGAUAGAAACACUUUUUUUUCUAGUGCAUAGCUACACCUAAAAGUCACUGAGUAAAAUUCAUUGAGGAAAUCUAUAAUGAUCUGCUAUAGUGAUAACAGGAUAGACUUAAACUACUCGAUGUCAUUCCUUUCAAGGCUUUGUGUAUAUACAAUGAUGAAGUUGGAAUAGUGGAGUGAAAGAGUAUCAUGUAGUAUGACUGGUUAAUAAUAAAAUGGUUGAAAUACAAUGUAGUGUAAAAAUCAGAAGAUUUAUAAUCGAGAAAAACAAAUAGAUAGCUCUCAGGGGAUUUAAUAAAAACAAUAAUUAGAAUUCCAAAUUUGGAAUAUUAUCUUAUCCUAGACAAUAAGGUAUUCUAGAAAUAAUAAAAGUUUAUUAGUGGUUGAUUUUUGUCAUUUAUGACACAAUGAAUGUAAUUAUUAUAAUGCUAAUUUUAUUAUGUUGAAUACUUUAUGAAAUGAGAUACUUAAUUAAAUUUAUGGAAUUUGACUGGAUAACCAAGAGUCAUAGAAUCAAAUUAACCAGCUGAAUAUAUAGAAGAGCAAGUUUUGGUAAGACAUUGUACAAAUAUUUUUUAUUUCAUUGACUACAUUGUCAGCAAGGCCAUGCCAAUUUUAUUUUGUGUUUUACGGACCCUGAUACAUUAGAAGUAAAAUAAUAAUAAAACUGAGAAAAAAAACCUUACAAAAAUGGUGAUUUUUACCAAUGAGGCACAAAAUUAAAUUGACACGGCUUAAUAACAGGAGAAAAUAGUGCUGUAUAUCAUUUGAUAUGAUAUUUUGUACAUAUACUGUAUAUGGAUUUAUAAUACAUUAUUACUUGUUUAAAUUUGUGGUUAUUGUAUAACAUUACAUACAAAAAUUACUAAAACAUAUAAUUUGUUUUACAACA